CUGCCUGGGCUGACGCUGUCUCCAUGGCGACAGAGGGAGCUUCUGAUCCGCCAGAGCGGCUGCAACGCCCAGAAAUGGCAAAUGACAAAAGACCAGUAAGUGCUCAUGUACCUUGCAAUCCAACUUUUGGGGAAUCACAAAGAAAUAAUGAAUUCUUAACUUCAUCAAUGUCUUCAUGUCAUAACAGUGUACAAACUACAGUAGUGAAGCAGUAUGUGAAUAAAGUCAUCACAUCUUCUUCCCACUUACAUAAUUUUCCAAGAAAAUUUAUUUCCCCCUAUGCAAAAACGGCAAUUAAAAAUACUGACAGAAAGCAAAUCUGUAGACAGCCUCUGUUUGGCCCUAAUAUUCAUCUGCAAUCGACAAUGAUAUCAAGAAGGUCAGGACUUCAAGAUCGUUCCACACAUCAAACAAAAUCAGUUCAGAACAGUGAUAGAAUAUCAGACCUAGGCAGCUACAAAUCAAACAGUACAAACAAUUUCUGCCUUAUAUCACCAUCCAAAAGAAACAGACCUGUCAGUGCUCCAGCAGGUCAGCUAAGAUGUACACAGUUCUCUUCCUCAAGACUCCAGCUGGCCCAGAAAGAAUCUGAAGUGCCCCAAGUUAUUAAAUGUCAGCCAAGGGUAAUCAAAGUAACGGCUUAUAAGAAUGGCACAAGAAGUAUCUUUGCUAAAAUUGCUGUACCAUCCAUUAAACUGCUGCUGGAGGAGUGCACUGAAAAACUGAAUCUGAACAUGGCUGCACGACGAGUGUUCUUGGCAGACGGCACAGAAGCACUAGAACCUAAAGACAUACCCCAUGAUGCCGACAUUUAUAUUUCAACUGGAGAGCCCUUUUUAGAUCCAUUCAAAAAAAUUAAAGACCAUCUGUCAUUAAUGAAGAAAGUAACUUGGACGAUGAAUGGUCUGGUUCUUUCUACUGGUGCCAAGAGAAGGAAAACCAAGCCUGUCCUGUCCAACCGCAUGAAGAAGCUUAUUAAGAAGUCCUCACUCAGGAUUUUGGUGUUUAAGAAUUGCUCAGGGCAGGAUGGCUAUGAGAUUAUUGCAGCACAGGACCAAAUUGAAAAGUUUUUAGAUGCUUGCACAAUAAGAAUGAAUCUUACUUCACCAGCAAAGCAUCUGUACAACAUUCAUGGAGCAAAAAUUGAAGAUCUCAUCAGUGUUCCUCUGCUUGACAAAUGCCUGCAAAAUUCCAUCACACCUUUGCGUGGACCUGUUUGGGUCUCUAAGGGAGAAGGUUUCAGCCCCUCAGGAGCAAAGAUGUAUAUCCAUGGAGUUCUUUUGGCCUUACACCAACGAUUAAAGUCUGCAAAAAACUAUUGCAAACAGAUGGAUUUUGCCAUUGAUGGUCAGAGAGGGGAAAUCACAGAAAAAGGCAUUCUUUCAAUGACAACAGAGGAAUUAUAUUUAGAGCAAGAAAAGGUGAACAAGCUCAUUGAGGAAUUGCAAGUGGUCAUCAAGAGCUACAAAGGUCACCUCUCAAAACUUGCCCCACAAUUACAGGCUGAGCAGGAGCAGUGUGCCUCUUAUGUCUACCAACACAUUAAAAGGCUUCCAGCAAACAUGGUUCUCCCACAAGGCUUGCAGCUAAAGGUGUAUGAAAAUGGCAAAGACACAGGGGAGAUCCUAGUUUAUAUCACCAAAAAAGAGAUGGAGAAUAACUGUAGGAAUCAACCCAGCGUUAUGAUGGAGAGGCUGCUGCAUAUGAUUCACGAAAAACUACAAUACUCAGCAGACUUCAAACCAACAGGCCUCAAUCUUAUUCCUGCCCGGCUUUUUGAUGAGAAAGGACAAGAAAUUAAAAACCCACUUUUACUGAAGAAUGAGCAAAAAAUUUGGGUUUCUUAUGGUAAAGAUUACAGGUCUCCCUUAAACCGUGUUCUAAGUUUGACCUUUGACAAAGUGACUGCCGCUGAAAAGGAUGGUAUCACAGUUAUUUAUAAAACUCUUCUGGAUCCUAAUGUUGAUCUGCUGCCUGGAUGUGACAAUUGGGAAGCUUGUACAAAAUUUCCAGGCAACUUCCAGUGCACAAACCACCAGACACUUCAAAACUUGGAAAAGGUGGACAUGGAUAGCCAUUUUAUACAGUACAAGGCCGAUCCACAGAUAGUUUUUCAUGUCUCUGUUGCCAUGGAUAAAAUGAAGAAGGCACUUCCCAGAAGAAUGGACUAUCGGGAUCUAAAAGUCCCAUCAACACUAUGGCCUCUGGCUAACAUGUGGUUAAUCACAAAGGCUGGAAUGAUUCUGAGUCGAGCUUUGGUACAGAGCUGUCUAGCUAUUGGUCAUCCAAUUAGAGUUGAGACAGAUGAUGGCAUAUCUCUGGAAGGAUACAAGUUAACAGUACAGAAAAGAGACAAAAGCAGCAUCUAUCAACACUGGGGUUUUGGAAAUGAUGGUUCUAUCUAUUGUAAGGCUUACCCUGAGUUUGUCCUGACCUACCUAGAGGAGCUAAAUGUAAGAGAGGAGGUGACCCAGAUGGAACACCACAUCCACCAUGGGGCCUGGUCUACAGCUCAUCAGGAGAUAGAGAGCAGCUCAGCAGAAGAGGUCACUGUACCAAGCCAGAGGCAGGUUCUGCAAAAAAAUGUCAACAACUCCAAUCAGAAACAACUUUCAGGACCUUUGGACGCCCAUUUAAUGCCUGCAGGUCCCCUAAGGGAGUCUAUGCAGCUGACAGUCGCACUGGUGAGGAAACUAGAAGAGAAACAUCCUAAGGCCUCAGCUCAAAGAUGGGCUAUAAAGCAUGAAGGGACAACUAAACCAGACCAGUGGAAACAUUCCAAAGUGGAGAAUCCGCUAUGGAAUAAGCUGACAUACAUGUGGCCUGUCCUUCCAAAUGGAGAACUUAAUGAGGAUUUUGACUGGCCAAUUGAGGGAUUGCUGGUUCCAAACAGUCCUUCACUUAAGAAACCAGCUGGCAGGAAGUCAGAUUGGUAUAUACCUGUGAGACUGAGGGCUUUGCACAAUGGAGACAGGGACAAAAGCAAGGCUAUCACCAUCAUUGGACCUGAUGUUACAAAUAUGCUAAACAGACAAAAUAUUCAUCCUGAAAAGAAACAGAAAACAAAGGAGAACCAGAAAAUGCAUCCUGAUGAAGAGCCUGGAAUGGAAAUAUACAAGAUAGAAUUUCAGCACUUUUUGGACAAAUGUACUACCAUGUUGAAUUUACCUACUGCUGCUCGAAGAUUAUUCACUGAAAAAGGCGUGGAACUCUUUCUUUUGAAAGACCUUGAGAGAGAUCAGCUGGUCUAUGUGUCAUGUGGAGAACCGUGGAUUGACCCACACUUGACUAUGGCUCAGCACAAAAAACGUCUCCUACUCAAUAAUUUAGCGUCAGAUAUAUCUGCAAUUCAUGCCUACUGUAUCAUGUGUAACCCUGAAAUUCUAGUUUUAGGAGUAAGGAGCAAUAUUGCUGCUGGAGCCAAACUUUUUGUGGAUAGAUGUCUUGUGGCUUUUGAAGAAGAAAAACUAACUGAGGAGCUGCAGGAAAAUCAAACAGAAGAAAUGUUUCUGAAUAUAAAAGAUGAUGCAGAUCUUAAUUCACAUGCAAAAUCACAUCUUAAAACAGAUGCUUGGCAUAUGAAAUCCAAAUAUUCCUGGCAGGAAAGUUUCUCUGAUUUUCAUGAUGAUGACAGUUUUCCGAAGGACAAGGAUAAAGAAUUCUUUGAAAAUGUAGAGUUAUUUCAGAAGUACAGACCUCAACCAAAGCUGAAUUCAGAAUUGCAGAAGGCUCACCGUCAGCAGUUUGAGUAUAGAGACAAACAGAUUAUAAACUGUGCAUUUCCAGGGCUUGUUUUGGGGGUACAGGAUGCUAUUCUACAUGCUGGGACUGAAGUUGUUUUGGUGGAAAAGAAACCUGAUGAUACCAAUCAGUGCUGGAUAUGGAGAGAUCAUGACAGGACAUUUCAUUUGAUGAGUGAUCCAAAUCUAGUGCUAGCAGUGUCAAUGCCCAGCAUGCAGCCUAGAUAUUCAAAAUGUGCACUGGACAUGAAAGGGUGUGCUGUUGUUCUGCAGAAAUAUAAAGAAUACAGCAAUGGGGCUGCCAAUCAAAAGUGGCAUUACAUGGAAAAUGCAGGAGUAUUUAGUGCCUUUUACAGCACAGUACUGGAUCAAGAAAUCACAGCAGCAAAUCAUGCUUCUGUUUGCACAUUCUCUGUGACCAGUAGAGAAAAAAUAAACCAGCCAGGCUACUAUUUUCUUUCACCCAGUGGAAAGCAGAAGUUCAUGAUAUGCUUGGCUUGUGCAAGAGCCAUAAGAGGAAAGAAAGAACUGAAAAAAUUACCCACAGGUAGCAUGUUCUUCUGUGCCUCUGGCUCUGAGGAAGCAAAUAAUUUCUCCUUGGGACCUUUUAAGUGUGUUAAUGUGAUGAAGACUGAUUUAUCCACAUUGGAAGCCAAAAAUACCUUGAAUUAUUUAGAAGAAGUUCUAGCAUCUUUGCGGACCGAAACCUCCAUACAAACAAUCUCAGAAAAGAUCUCUGCAGCUAUGAACCAGAAAGCAGUGAAAAUAAUUGCAUACAGAAAUGGAGCUGGCUACCGAAAUGGUCAGUUAAUCAUUGCUAGCACAUUCCCUAUGCUGCUUACCAUGUGUACAAGACAACUUGAACUUACCAGGAAAGCCUGCAGACUAUAUACCAAUGAUGGAAUCCUAAUGCUUACCCUACCAGAUUUAGUCACAUGGGCUGUAAAUGAGUGUUUCAGACGAAGUGACUCAGAAGAAGACUACAAAGAGAGAACAGCAAUCACUGACAAUGCUGAAGGUGGGACUGCACUGGAUGUGGAAGAUAAGUACAUGGAGAAAGUGAAGAUAAAGUCAGAAUUAUCCUUGAUGACUCCAGACAGUUUGAAUAUGAUAGAUGAUUCUUUGCUCACCAUCAUCCUCAGAAAUCCUAUUGAGGUCUGGGUUUCCUGUGGAGAACCUUUUCUACCUUUGGAUGCUUUGCAAAAGGCAGCAAGGGAAGAGAAACAAAACUGGUUCGAGAAGGACAAAAUUUUGGCUGAUCUAAAUGCUAUGAAGCACAAAAUGAGACAGCUGCAAGGGCGACGAAUAACAGCCUUUAAACCAUCCACCUUGGUGCCCACAAAAAGCCCAGUUCAGCCUAUAGCAGUAGAAGGAGGCUGGACUGAAGAAACCCAAGAAGAGAUGAAACUCAUGGAAAAUAUACAACAUACCGAGACACACUUCUCAGAGGUUCAAGCAUCACAGUUCAAAAGAAGUUCUCCAUUUUCAUCUAAACUGCUGUCAUCCAAACACAGAUGUCUGUAUGAUCAACCAUCUGCAAAAAGAGUGUGGGUUUACCGGAAUGGUUAUAAACCCGAGCAAGGAGUUUAUGCCUGGGGAAAAACAAUUUCAGAGCUGCUGGAUAACUGCACCACCAGGCUAAAUAUGCAACAGCCUGCCAAGGCUCUGUAUACACCGGAUGGUGAGCCACUCCAGUCAUGGGAUGAAAUAGAGAGAGACAUGCUUCUGUGUGUUUCUGCUGGAAAUCCUUUUCUGAGCAGAAAAGCCAUCAAGCAGCAGGUGGAAGUUAGAGCUAUUUAUGCCAGAAUCCGAAAGCAGCAAGGUCCAGAUGCCACUAAUAUUGUUGUCGCUCCUUCAGAGAAACUUAAAGGACAGGCCAAAACUCCCAGUUCACUUCUGGCUCUUACAACCAGUGCUCAUUACCACCUCAACAACUAGAAGGGAGGAAUUGCUUUGGCUGUCAGUAAACAAAUGAUUCCAGAAGAACAGUGAAAAAAUGUCAUCAGCAAAUUAUCUUUAUUUGUUUCAAGCUGACUGCAAUCUACUGGCGAACUCUUCUGCACAAUUAAUCUGGUGUGACAUAAAAUGCAUUUCAGAAAUGCUGCAUUCUGAUGGCUCACCUCCUGUAUACAAUGCACAGAUCUUGGGGAAUCAGUUACAGUGCUUGUGCAUGCAUGUGCAGUAACUGCUUUCCAAAAGUGUAUGGCAAUGUGUGCUCCAUGUCUAAGGAAAUAAUUAAGUAUUGUGGCUGUGGGCUAUGUAAAUUCCAUAGCUUUCAGAAUUAGUCCACAGUGUUGAGGGACUAUAAUUAGAAUGAAUUUUCAGAACCUAUUCUUGCAAAGGCUGUCUGCAGUGAUUUUGUAUUUGAAGGGAAAAGUUGCAGGGAUCUAUUCUAAAAUACAUAUAUGUAAUUUGGAGAACAAUCCUCAGUAGGAAAAAUAGCUUUAGCGUAUGACUAUAGGUGAAGUAAUUUACAUUGAAUUGAUUAAGAAUCAUAAUUAAACUUGUUUCUAAAGAUACUUGCUUUUGUAAUGUUCUGAAGUCCACUUUUUUAUCAAGAAUUAUCUAAAAAUAAACUGUGUUGUAAGCUUCUGCACUGGUUCCUUGCAGAAAUGAACAGUGGCAGAAAAAAGUGGCAGGCAAAACAUUUCACACACUAUAAUCUUCACAGGUAUCCCAAGUUCUUUGAAAGUGCUACUCCAUGAGCUAUACAAUCAGAUUUGCUUGUUGUGCUUCUUAAGACAAGUUACCACCAUUUUUAAUGCAUAAAGGCUGUCACUAUUUUGGGAAGAAAAUCUUUAUUAGGUGGAAAAGAGCCUAAUGUUGAACAUACACACACAAAAAGCCUUCACCUGACGCAGACACAUAGUACACCAAAAAGAAAAUUAAUUAUUGAGAAAACCAGUGGAAAAUUGUUCUUCCCAAAAGAAAAGCUUAAGAGCCUACUCCAACACUCACUGAAGUCAAUGGUAGCCUUUCCAUUGACUUCAGUCGGUAUUGUGUAAGAGCCUAAGUUAAUAUUCCUUGCUGUUGUAAAGUCAUUUAUUGUAGCUUUACACUGUCCCUUUCAGCCAAAGCUAACAACCUACUACUUUGGCCUUUGGGGAGGCGGGGGUCUAGCUAUGAGAUAGGCAGAGACUAGGACAGAUUUGUUGGUCAGAAUAAGAGUCACAAGAUAGCAGUAACCAAACAUAGGCAGACACUUACUGUAGAUGUCUAGAUCUUGUCCAGUGAUGAUCAUAGGUCAGGCUUGAUAAAUAUGGGUCAGCUUGCUGGGUAGCUCUGUCUGAACAAAUGUAAUUUCUACUACUUUUGUACUAUUUAACAGAUGACAUUGUUGCUAACAUUCACUGAGACAGCUUUAUGAGGCUCAAUGGUACUAUGUUUGCUCUUAUAUAAACACAUUGUCUUUCCUAUACUAAUUUAGCCAAAGAUUAGAUUUAAUCAGAGAUGUGUGGUAAAGAUUUAAGAGUAUUCUUGCUUAGACAGUUACAAAAUAAAAUUCAGUAGUCUUAUAAGAAAUUAUCCAUCAUCAUACAUAAAAACCUUUCUAAUUACAGAUAUAAGGGCAGAUCUUCACCUGAUGUAACUUGUUAAAGCUCCAGUGAAGUCAACUAUACUAUUACUGUAAACCUUGUCAUAAAAUCAAAUACAAAUAAAUCAGACUUUUAAUCACGUUGGUUGGCUGUUUCCCGGGAUUAGGUUUCUCUCUCUCUUCCAAGUAUUCAAGGUUCUUUUUCUCAGGUUCCUCUUCAGACUUCUCUGUCUUCUCUCCGGAUCAUCUCUGCUGUUAAAGCAUCUUUUUAAAGGCCAACCUUCACACCCUUUGUUUGUUUCCAAAACCCUUCUGCCUCUACUAACCUUCUGCUGGUCACAGUAAUUUUCUUUCCAGAACUUCAGCUUGUCACAUGUCCAUGCCAAAGCCACAUUUUCAAAACUAGGUGAAGCCUAGAGCUGUAAGUGGGUUAAGUGCAUUUCUCUGCCAAAAAAGAGUGGAAUUUCACAAGUAUUUUUGAGAACAAGAUUUAGCCAAGUGCUUGGUGUUCUGACUGGUUAUGAUGGUGCCGAUGGUUUACUAUUAUAAUUUUUGAAAAGAUAUCUGUGUUCACAUAGAGAAUCAUCAAGAGAUGCACUCCAGGGUUAAACGUCUAACCUACAUAGUUCAUGUUCUUAUUCAAAAGUAUGUUUGAAAUUUGUUCUCCAACAGAUUUAAUUAUGAGCUAAAUUCUGCUUGUUAGGCACAGCCUGUUACAGGCUUCUUCUCAGAAUUCCCAAUUGCCGUAGCGGAAGUGAAUUGUUAGAUCCCUUUGAGCUGUGCAGCAUAUUCUUUCCCUCCUUGUGUGUGGCUGACCAGCAGAGUUAGCUGGCACAUUGUGGGGCAGAGCCAUGGUAUACCAACUCCCCAUCACUAGUUGCUCCAAGCAACAUAGGUGAACAACUUGAGAACAGCUCGUGAUUCUGCAUGACCCUUAUCCAGGUAAUGCAAUGUAGGUGAGUCCUUAUUCUUUCCCCCACUGCAUGCCCAUGUAAGCAUGACCAUGAUCCAGCUUCAUAUUUGAAAGAUAGCAUAUGCAAAGGUAAGAACUAGAAUUAAAGUUAGUCCAAAAGUGAAACUUUAAAUCCAAAUCCCUUCAAAGUCUUGGUGAUCAAAUUCACCCCUUCAUCUUUGAUUCCAGUUAAGAGCCUAUUUUCCAAUUUAGAUUUGAUCAGAAUCCUGCAAAAAAUAGCUACGUUUUUAUUUCUCCCUCAGGCUGAUUCUGUGAUAUUUCCACCACCUAAAUCAUGAGAGGACAGUGUUCAAGGUUUUGGCAUCAUUGUAAAUCCUAGCCUUGAACCCAAAUCUUGAACUAUACCAUGGGUGAAAUCCUGGCUCCACUGAAAUCAAUGGGACUUUUGUCAUUGACAAAGAAGCCAGGAUUUUGACCCAUAUACUUAAUCCAGAUUCCAACCCAAACACUUCCUGCACACAUCUCUGAUUAGGACUAUAAUUAAACAGUGAGACAUGAAAUUGUUUCAGGAGUCUAGAUGCUGCAGUGGGAUAGUGUAUUAGCUUUUCAUCUCUGGAGAACAGGGUUCAAAAUCUAUUAAAGGUUGCAGACAAAAAUGAAUUGGGUUACACAGUUUGGUAAAAUUGCAUGAGUAGCAGUCUCUACUUAAAAGAACUCUAGGAGUGGAAAAAAGACAAGGUGCUUUGGCAAAGCUGUAUAAAGAAGUUUAAACAAUAAUUGCCAACCCAAUCCUAAAUUCUGGUUAAUAUCAGUAGUCACUUUCAUAAGUAUUACAUUUAUUUUUAAAACAAAUUCUACUGCAUGUUUUCUCCAUGAAAACAAUAGUGUUUUGAUUCUGCCACACGUACACUGAGUGGCAGAAUUGAAACCUACUCACCAUCUUGGUUGUUAUCAACUGAUUUUGAAAACAGACUUGCACUGCAAUAGAGGAAGAAUAGCCUCAUUACUUCCUUAUAAGACAUUUUUAGUGCAUUCUGGUUGAGUAAUUUUUAGGAUAGGUCUGAUAUAGCUUUCCUGAGUAUGUAAAAGCUUUGGCUAAAGACUAUAGCUCUUCUGAUUGUGUUAUUUAGUGUGAUUUAAACAGGCAUAAAUCAAUAGCUGAGAAAUGUCAUGUUUUCAUUAAAAUUGUUUGAUCUCAUUAGUUUAGAUUAUGGUUAAAAUAUAGAGGAUAUACUAGUAAAAUCAAUCAAAGGGGAGCAAAUAAGAAGUGCUUGUAAAGUCACUUGGAUUCCUAACAUGCUAGAUCUCAUUAUUAGAGGUACUUACAGAGAAAUAAUUUCCUACAGAAAAAUGCUAGACCCUAUGCCCACGGUGUUCUAUGGUGCAGAGAGCAGCAAGUGGACACUGAGCUAGAUUCUGACUUUUCUCAUACACCAGUGAAACCUCAUUAAAGUUUGUGGAGUUAUUGUAGUGUAACUGAGCAGAAUCUGGCCCAACGUUUUAAAUUUGUUUGGUUUUAAACCUUUACUGAAAGAGGAUGGUUCCAAUACAAUGAAAUAUAAUCUUGAUUACCCAAAGGACUAGUGAAUCGGAUAGGCAAAAUAUUUCCUUAAGUGUUUUCCUUUUGCAAAACUUCCAAGCUUAAAAUCAGGAAAUAUAUUUUCUAUAAAGGAUGAGCAGGAAUAUGACUUUGGAUUUGGGAAAGGGAUAUGUUCUCUUUUAUUUAUAUACUCCUGCUUCCCAACAUUUUCCCCAUUCCUCAUUUCAAGGCCAUACCCACCUAGCAAUUUGUAUUCAUUACAGGCUGAUGUACUAAAGAUAGUUCUAUAGAAGAUAGAGGAAUUAAAAAUGCAUUUCAGUAUGGCACCUAAAUGAGAUGUUGGGAAAAUAUUUAGAUCCAAAGUCUGCCUAAAAUGUUGGUACAAUGAAAACCCAUUGAAAUCUUUGGGAGUCUCAUAUGCAUAACCAAGGGCAUAACUUGACUCUUAAUUUAAAAAUUAUUUUCUAAUUUAUUCACAUCAUUUAACUGAAAGUAAUUAAAGCCCAAAUUCAGGACACCAUUCCUACUAUGGAAAAAACUUAAGUACAUACUUAAAUCGUGUUGAAGUCAACUUAAGCAGGUGUUUACGUGCUUUCCUGAAUUGGGGUCUAAAUACUCAAUUCUUUGUGUUAAUUGAUCACUUAUAUGUUUAUACUUUUUAUUUUAUAAACCGUACGCAUUGUAGUAUGAUAAACCAUACAUACUAUUUGCUCCUUGAUUAAUGAAAGAUAUUGAAACACAUCAUUUGACCCUUACUCACACAAAUAGUUCUUACUAACAUUACAAUUAUAUCGAAAUCCAUAAGAUAUUAGAGGAAAAGGCCCUUCACAUGUGAGCAAAAUGUUUCGGGGCUGGGUCCAAUACUAUUAAUGAAUGAAUGACUAUUGUAUUGGGGUGAUAUUUUUGAUACUUUACAACACUGUAUGUGUUUUGUGUAGCACUGUAGAAUUCCUUCUAUAUUUAUUGUAAAAUCUAAAAAUAGAUCUGUAUUUGCGUAUGUUUGUUUUUGCAAAUAUUGUAUAGGAUAGAUUAUUUUAAUUCAACUUUCAAAUGUAAUAAUUUUAUUACAAAAUUGAAUUCUAUGUUUUUGUUAUAUCUUGAUUACAUGAUUAUCAUCAGUG